AUGAGCAACCUACUGGGUUUUGCCAUAGUCCUCAUCGUGUUGGCUAUACAGGGUUCACAGGGACGAGCCAUUUCGGAGCCUACGCAACAGUUUCAUGCCUCGAGCCAUGAUCGACCACCUGAACAAACCAAGAUGGUGGAGAUGCCUCUGCCCCGACAAGCUGCAAAACGCCAGAUAGCUAGUUCGUCAAACGACGUGGUGACAGUCACCAUAGCGCCGGAUGAGACGUGCGGCUGGUUGUCGGGGCGUCCAGGUGUCCCAAUUACGUGCGAAAACCAUCAACCUUGUAUGUGGAUGAGUUCAAUAGCAUUAAUAUGCGGCCCCCUUACGGACUAUAAUAAGUGGGAGUAUCACCUUACUUGUUAUGAGAGGGAGGAAGCACUGAAUACAGAUAUUUGCAACGAUGUCUGCGUGGGUGGUCACAAUCUUCGCUGCACCGAAGAGUCAGCUGCUUAUUGUCGAACUUAUGCCUACCCAGACGGGAUUCAAGACUACAGAUGCGUGCCAACUCCCGAGACACGAGCUUCGAGCGUAGCUUUUACCUAUAAGGAUCAGAAAAACGCAGGCUUAGUCACUGCAACCUACACCAACUCCGAUUCGCAAAUCGCAUCAACAGAAUUUGUUUCUUCUACUACGUCGUCAUCCUCCUCUAAUGCUUCUCAGCCUUCUUCCCCUCCUGCUCCUCCGUCUCCCCCCAACAGGAACAAUAUCGGAGCCAUUAUCGGCAGCGCAAUUGGAGGCUUUAUAGCUCUGUCGCUUGUAUUUCUCGCAAUCUUCUGGUUCGUUCGACGGUCGAAGGAGAAUGGUACUUCUUCUGCUGAGCGACUGCGUUCCCCAUCGCAGAUUUCUCCAAUGGAACAAACGCAAUCAACUGGCACACCGUCAUUUAACCUGAUCGUCGGAAAGCCGGGCCCAAAUUCCUCCGUGCAGUCCGGAUGGAGAAGUUCCAUGAUGACCUCUCCAAGCUCGGCCGGCAAUUCUGCCUCACCGCAAGGUUGGAUGAAUCAACCAGGCUCGCCGGGUGCUCAAAGUACGACAUCCCAAGGGAUACCGCAGUUUAUACCGCAGGCUGUACCAUAUGAAAUGAGUGGAGACUCUGUUCAGACUGAGGCCCAUGGUAUACACGGAGACCCUAGGCGCUCUCGGGUCUAUGAAAUGGUUGGAGACGCUCCCCAUUCUUGGAUUUAG